AUGGUUCAACCUCAUAAGUUAUUUUACAAAGGAAAAGAAGAAGAUUUCAUUAUCUUUAUUGAAGACAAAGAAUUAUUAGAUAAAUACAAGAACAAUGAUACAACUAUUCCAUUAAUUGAUUUAGUGUCAAUUUAUAAAGUUUUCACUAAUAGACAAGGUGGUAGUGAAGGAGUUUUAGAUGAAGCUUCCAAAGCCGAAUUACAAAAUGAAUUCGGUACUAAUAAUGUCGACGAAGCUAUAAAGAUCAUCCUUAAAGAAGGUCAAGAUAAAUCAGUUGGUGGAAUCCACGGUGGUUAUAAUAGUCAUAAUGACUCCAUGGGUCCAGCCGCAAUUACUAAUUAG